ACCAAAUUGUCUCCAUGUCAUCUGACCAGGACAACUGCUACCUGUGUAAAGAAUACUUCAGGGAUCCUGUGUCCAUCCCAUGUGGCCAUGUCUUCUGCUCUAUUUGCCUGAAAACAUACUGGGACCAUGCUGACUACGCAGGUUCAUACCUUUGCCCACAGUGCAAGGUCACCUACAACAAGAGGCCAACACCGAGACGCUUGGGAAGCUCGCGGCAGUCCACCCUCCAGCGCAACUCCGAACCCCUUCCACCUCCACCCCCAUCCCCUGACUACAACUACGCAGGACCCCAGGAUGUAGGCUGUGACAUCUGCUUUGGCAAGAAGCAAAAAGCCAUCAAGACCUGCCUAAUGUGUCUGGCCUCCUACUGUGAGAAACACCUCAAACCUCACUAUGAGUCAUCCACUUUUAAAAGGCACAAGCUGGUGGAUGAAAUCGGGCACCUGGACAGGCAGAUCUGUCCCCAGCAUCAGAAGGGUCUGGAGCUGUUUUGUCGCACUGAUCAGAUGUGUAUCUGUGUGCUGUGUACGGUGAAAGAACACAAAGGCCAUGACCUAGUGUCUGCUGAGCAGGAGAGGGCUGACGAGCAGCAACGACUGGGUGCCACCCAGGCUGAGAUCCAAGAGAAGAUUCAUGAGCGACUCAAGCAGAUGGAGGAACUAAAACAUGCAGUGGACUCACUCAAGAACUCAGCCCAGAGAGCACUGCAGGAAUGUGAGAAAAUGUUUGGUGACAUGAUGCGCACCAUUGAGAGGAUGCAGCAAGAGAUGACCAAGCUGAUCUCCACCAACAAAAGAGCGGCACUGAACAACGCAGAAGGUCACAUGGAGCGUCUGACCAAUGAGAUCGCUGACCUGAGGAGGAGAGACAAUGAGAUCACCCAGCUGUCUCGCACUGAGGACCACAUCCACUUCAUCCAGAGCUACCACAUGCUGAUAGCCCAGACAGAGGCUGAGGAGCUGCCCACAGUAACGGUGAACCCCUACUUUGACUUCAGCUCAGUCACUAAAGCCGUCUCUGAGAUGAAGCAGCACUUGAAUGAAAUGAGCAACGAAGAACUGGUUAAGGUAGCCAAGACGGUUAACAAAAUGACCUUAUGUGAACUGGAUGAAACUAAAAAGAGACGGUCAAUAAAAAGUGAAGAAGCUCCCGUGUACAAGUCUGUACCAGCAACCUACCAGGUCCAAGAACCUCAGAAAAGGGAAGAUUUCCUGAGAUAUGCUUGUCAGCUUACUCUGGACCCUAACACAGCUUACAGACAACUCUACUUGUCUCGGGGAAACAGAAAAGCUGCCCUCAAGAGAGAACCUCAGUCCUACCCUGACAACUCUGCCAGAUUUGACUCCCUCCCCCAGGUCCUGUGUAAGGAACCCCUUUCUGGAAGUGCCUACUACUGGGAGGUUGAAUGGAGUGGGGAAGGGGCUGCCAUUGGAGUCACCUACAAAGGGGGCCGGUUUAGGAUUGCCUGCCGCAUCGGCUACAACCGCAAGUCCUGGAGCCUGUUCUGCUCUGAUUCCAGCUACUCAGCCCGCCACAACAAGGACCAGAAAGAGAUCAAUGUACCCUACUCCUCCCGCAUAGGGGUGUUCCUGGACCAUGCUGGGGGUACCCUCUCUUUCUACACUGUGGGGAAUAGCAUGUCUCUCAUCCACCGCUUCAAGGCCUCGUUUAGUGAAGCUGUCUAUCCAGGCUUCUGGGUUUGGUAUGAAUCGGCCAUCACCAUCGUCCAGUUGUAAUUAAAUGACACACUUCAAAUAAUCAAUGUAUAACAAUUACUUAGUUUUGUUAUGAAUUGACAAAGCAAAAAAGUAAUAUUCUGUGAUGACAUGUUGUAUUUCCUUUACAAAAAUGGAUAUGCUGUUUUUUUAGCCUAAACUUUAUACAGUGAAUAUUAGGAAACU